CUCCCAGCAGUAAGUGCACCAUCCCAGAACAACCUGCCAGCUCUUAAGGAUCACAGUUCUAGGCAUCAAGCGAUGAGACGCGGGAGCCCUCCGGCCCCUCUGUGGCGGGAAUACGGGUCCUGGUGCCCGGAGCACGCUUCUCCCGCCUGUGCAGGGCCGGAAUGUGCCUGUUGGGAUGGCGCCGGGCCGGGGACAGACGGGGACCUGGCCAGAAAGUGGCGGCAGGACUCGCGGGGCGGGAACCACCUCUCCGGCUGCGUCCGGUUCCCGCCCCUCGGGCCCGGCCGCAGGGCGGGGCUCGGGUCGGGUCCAGGCCAGGAGCGGUAGCCGGCAGCGGGAAGCGGCCGCCGCCCGGGCCGCGCCGGGAGAGGCGAGGCGAGGCGAGGCAGGGCGGGGCGGAGGGCGACGGGAAGGGGAGGCCGCGCCGGGCCGGCUGCAGCCGCCGCGCACCGAGCGCCACGAUGGGGCUGGAGACCGAGAAAGCAGACGUCCAGCUCUUCAUGGACGACGACUCCUACAGCCGCCACAGCGGCGUCGACUACGCUGACCCGGAUAAGUUCGCGGACUCGGGCUCCGACCGGGAUCCCCACCGGCUCAACUCGAACCUCAAGGUGGGCUUCGAGGAUGUGAUUGCAGAGCCGGUGUCUACGCACUCCUUUGACAAAGUGUGGAUCUGCAGCCAUGCCCUCUUUGAAAUCAGCAAAUACGUGAUAUACAAGUUCCUGACAUUGUUCCUGGCUAUCCCCCUGGCCUUCGCUGCAGGAAUUCUCUUUGCCACCCUCAGCUGUCUACACAUCUGGAUUAUAAUGCCUUUUGUAAAGACCUGCCUAAUGGUCCUGCCUUCAGUGCAGACAAUAUGGAAGAGCAUAACAGAUGUUGUCAUUGCCCCAUUGUGCACAAGUGUAGGACGCAGCUUCUCUUCUGUCAGCUUGCAACUAAGCCACGACUGAACACUUGGACCCCAGGUCUAGAGAUUUGGAUACUGUAAUACUUCUGUGUUGUUUUAAUGUAAAAGCACUACUGUUCUGUUCAUUUCCCAAUUGUUCUAAUCGAGCAAAUUUUUAAGAUAAGCAACCACUUUUAGAAAUGUUUAUUGGCAGAUCUUUUCAAAUAAUCCUUUUCUAAUUAAUAGCCAAGGAUUUCAUAACAAACUUUAUAGCCCGAAUUAAACAGUAGGUUGGCAACACUUAAUGCUAAAGGCAGACAGUUUUUGCUUUAGUAAAAAAGUAUACAUUUCAUAAUGAUGAAUUUAUAAAGAUCAAGAGACACUUCUUAAACACUAUAAUAGUUUUGUCACAACUGCUCAUAAAUAAUAUGCAAUUUCUUAUUUUUUUACUCUGAGAGUAAUACUUUUAAAAUUACCUUUGCAGAAAAAAUCAUGGCAAUACUUACGGGAAAAAUAUGUACAGAAAAAAAAAAGGUUCUAGGAAUUACAAUAACAAAAGCAUGCAGUGGUAAUAGAUAUCAAAUAUAAUAAAACAAAUAAAUGUGAAAAUAGAUUCAUGAACAUCUGUUCCUUUAAAUAAGAUAUUGUUAACCUGCAGGUCUAUUUAAUAAGAUGUUGCAUUUUACUGUAUAUUUUGUACUUACUGUAAAUGUUGUUCUAAUCGGAUUGCUUUCAAGUACUUUUAUUAUAUUAUCUUAUUGAACUAAUAUAUAGAAUGAUUAAAUGUAUCUUUCCUGGGGAACUUCAUUGGUGAGAUUGCACUGUCUUGAUUAUGUAAGCAUAAAUAUCUUCUUUGAGAAUAGAAUAUAAAAGAGCAAUAUAUAAGAUUUUUCUUUUUAAAUUUUCUAACCAAAAUCCUGAAAAGUUUUCUGACUUAGGUUUUUCUGGCUGUGACCUUAAAAAUAAUCCAGAUCUAAAUGGUAUUUCAUCUAGGAGAUGCUUUCUCUCUUAUAGUUAGAAAUUAAACCUGUAUUCUGCAUUCCUGUUAAUAUCUCAUUUUACCUUCAAGUAAUACUGGUGCUAUUUAAUAACACUCAACAUAAAGACUAUUUUUGACACUUAAGUACUAUUUCAACUACAGUGAUUCAUGGAGAAAGACUUAUAGGAAAGUUGUCAAUUUGUUGGGCCCAUGCUAUUGAGUUCCAUAUAUAUAAGUUAAAGAGUAACAGAUACAGACUUUGAAGAUGUUAUCUGAUAUGGAUUUUGUUAGUAUAAAAUUAUUCUUAUCAUUUUUGAACUGUAAAGUCCUAUUCAAUGUUAUAAGUCACUAUUCUUCUCAAAAUCUCAUUAUCCAAAAUGAUAGGCAUGUACAAAAUAUGUUUAUGAUAUAAGUGGUUACUAUAAUUUACAUAUCAUAAAAGUCUAUAAAUGCUCAAAUUUCAGAAUUAUUAUCAGAACCUGAAUUAACAUUCCUCUGAACAUCUUCAUAGAUGAUAAAUCUUCAUUCAGUGAAUAUUAAUUUUACUUUUCCAAAUUACUAGGACUAGUGAAUAUAAAGGAUGACUGAACUGGAAUACUAUUGGGGCCAAAAUAAACAAGUGAUUAAAUUAUAAAAUUCCUAUCCUUUUGAAGAUAGCUACAAAAGAGACUUCAAAAUUAGAAAAGAUUCUCAUGAUCAUUACCUUAAAACAUUACCACUCUUUUGACUAUAUAGAUUUUAUUAUGUUAGUUAAAAAGGUCAGUCUCAUGACUACAGUUAUACUAUAAACAAUACAACUAUGUAUUUGAAGUGUUUUUUUUUAAUAUUUGGAUCUGUUGAUUGGCUAAAAGUAUUUGAUUAAUAAAAUAUGUAUUUAAAUAAAUCAUAAGCUUAAAUAAAUCAUAUCUUUCCAAAUAGCUAUCGACAAGUUUUAAAGCCAAAAUAAAUACACAUAGUCCUAUAACAAAACCUAUUAACUUUUAACAAGUGAGAUAUAUGACUUCCUUAUUUCUGAAUAGCAUUGAUUACUGUCAAAAUAAAUUUUUACUGAGACUUGCCAUUAGCUAUUUUAUUUCAUAGACUGAAAUUCUGUACCAAGUGAUCCAGGUUUCAUGUGCAAACAUGUUAGUUCUUUUCUUCAGGGGUGGGGCAAGUAGGCGAUGAGUCUCUAUAAUAAACUUUCUAAAAACCC